AAAACAUACGCGGUUUGGCGGCAACACGAAUCGUACGCCACCGCAAACAAUAGAAUUUGAACUUAUUCGACCCCUUUCUAUAAUCUUUGAAACUGUGUUAGCUGCAAAAUGGAACUCAAGAUCUUAUUAAUUUUCGGUCUCAUCCUUCAAGCUUCUUGCGAAGAACCUGACAACUCUGCAACAGCGACGAAAAAAGAGAAGAGGCAGAAUGAUGAAAUUGGCACAUCACAUUAUGUGUAUCGGAACGCUAGAAAACAGGAACAAGUUGCGCCAGUCGAGGAGCCCCAGGAAGACGAAAAAAGCAGAGGCCCUGAUGAGUAUCGCCCCGGACAAGUGAUUUCCCUAAACGUACAAGAACUCCUGGAUCUACAGCCUGAACGCAAAGCCCCUCUGCCAAGCAAUCAGCAACUCCAACAAAUAUAUUCCAACCCGCAACCAGAACAUAAACAGAAUCUGCAACCGUUUUACUACGUCGACCCACAAGCUAGCCGUCAGGUAUCCCUUCAUCCCUCCCACGCAGUCAUCACAAGACCACACUUCUCAGCGAACGGCGGUGAAGCCUCAGUGGGUGCCGCCUUAGCUGUCAGCGACUCAGGAGCCAAUACACCAGAGAUCUAUGACCAGGAUCUGUUUGCGUUGCUUGGACAUUCCGCACGACAAGAUGAUCGGCAGCGUCAGUCAUACACACAAACAGAGGCACCGCAAGUUGUCUCUACCGUCGCGCCGCAAUACCAACAAAUUGACCAAUACGUAACGAAACCAAGCAAGAAGCCCACUAAACUCCGUCCCAAGAUACACUACAACCAACCACAAUCAACGACGUCCCAACAAUAUUUAAUUGAAACUACAAACGUUCAACCACAAUACCGGCCGGCCCCUCAAAACCAGCGAGUGGCUCAGACCAUACGCUACGUCCAAGCUCAAACCGUCCCUCAACAGCAACUCUACGAAAGACCAGAAUCUCAAGGUCUUAAAGUGAUUCCAGCUCCGAAACUGCAGAAUCUUGCACCAACUUACCGCGUCGCACCCCAGUACCAACAAAUACAACAAGAAGCCACCCCAAAACAAUACAGAGUAAUAGACAUCCCGCGACCCCAGAUAAGGCAAGACCAGCCACGUGUGAUCCAAGAAAGACCUAUAACUUACUUAAAACGUUUCCCAGAGCCUGAAAAAGUUCGUGAGCAGCAAAACUAUCAAGAAAUAACUCCUGCCCAGAGGCCGUAUCAGCUAAACGACCAAUAUUACUUGAGACCAAUUUAUCGUACCAAUGAAGGUCGGAGAUACGAGACACCUCAGUUUCCUUUAAAAGAACAGCGCAUUGAGUCGACAAAAGCGCCAUUAUCAGCUAUUUACGUAAGUAAAAACAUUGCACCCAAAAAGGCGUACAGACCUGUCGUAAGAAUAGACCCCCAAGCAUCUAAUCAACAGUCUCAAGUCAAUGCAUAUAGGGACGUGCCUUAUAGGAUUGAGCAGUCCAACGUGCAGCAGGUUAGUUCUGAACAGCCAAGACAAUCGUUGGAAGAGCAGAGGGUGCAGUUGCCUCCUCCUAAAAAUAACAAGGCGUAUACUCCUGAGGAAUUUGAAGCGUUGCUAUCUGCAGGGUAUUCCGUAACGCCGAUACCGGUAGGCCAAGUUGGAACACAAAACAUUGAACAACAAGUACAACCGCAACAGCAGGCUCAGUCAAGAUCUUUUGCAGAGCCUCAGUAUUAUCGGCGGCCUUUGUACACCAGACGUCAUCAAUAUCUUCCAUUGCGGGGCGACGAAGCGCCUUAAACAAAAUUACCACGAUGUACAUAUUCUAAUAGAGUUUAAUUAGCAAUUAAAUAGUUUUACAAUAAA